AUGGCCGACAAUGAAUCCCAUGAAAUCAGAACCGAGUCGAAUGGCCCUCUUGUGAAUGGUAUUGCCAUUGGCUUUGUUAUUGCUUCGGCCGCGGUCCUUUCUCUUCGACUCUAUACUCGCUUGGUUCUCCUAAAAACGGCUGGAAAGGAUGAUUGGACCAUGUUGAUUGCCAUGCUGUUUGCUCUUGUGGUUGGAGUAGGCACAGUCUUCGAAGUGAAAUAUGGUAUGGGUAGACAUGCUGAAAAUGUUUCGGCAGAGGAGACCAUGGAGCAAUUGAAGUAUCUUCUCAUCGUCAUUCUCCAUUACAACAUGGGAAUGAACGUCGUCAAGGUUUCAUUCUUGCUCCAGUAUCGGCGUGUGUUUGUGUCGAAAGUAGUUCAGAGAGUCUGCUUCUGGGCAAUGGUAUACGUGGUGAUAUGGGCGUGCAUCCAGGCCACUCUCCUUGGGCUUUCUUGCCUGCCUAUCGCUAUUAUCGUGCCUAGCACCGCCGAAUUUUGCCUCGAUACGCUACCUAUUUGGUACUUUUCAUCUGCUAUGAGUCUAGCGACGGACUUCAUGAUCUUCUGCAUUCCUUUGCCUUCCGUUCUCCGGCUUCAACUUCCAAAAAAGCAAAAGGCUAUGUUGUUUGGUAUUUUCUGUCUUGGCUUCUUCGUCUGCAUCAUCUCAGUCUAUCGCAUGUUCACCCUCCGCACAGCCGUCUCAAGCAACGACCCGCCAUGGGAAAAUAUCGGCGCCGCAAUCUGGUCCGCCAUCGAGCUCAAUACUUCCAUCAUAUGCGCCUCUCUGCCGACUAUCCGACCCCUUCUAUCCAAGUGGCUUCCCGGUGCGGGACUAUCAUCUGCCCAUAACAAAACCAGUGCGUACAAUCGAUACGGCUCCUCCUCAGGCAUGGGACGCGGAACCUUCAAGGAGCUUAAGAGUGGACAACGAGAAGUCAGCACUGAAGAGCUCGUGCUCAAUGAUAUGAACGCCAGUCAGUCAAGCAGCAUGCCUUCGGUAUACGCACACGUCACAGCCGACCCAGAGAUGGGUCACAGGGAUCGAAAAAAUAAGGGAAGUCAUCAAAACCAAAUCAUGGUGACCACCGAGACCAUGAUCAAGGAAGCCGACGAGAUUACUAUCGCGAACAGAUCGCCGACCGACGCCAUGUCACAACUUGGUUCGGUGGCCUUGGCCAAUGGCUCCGCGACGCCAAAGAAAGUCGCCUACUUCUACGAUUCCGACAUUGGUAAUUAUGCCUAUGUUACCGGUCACCCCAUGAAGCCCCAUCGCAUACGCCUCGCACACAGCUUGAUCAUGCACUACGAUUUGUUCAAAAACAUGGAGAUAUAUCGCGCGAAACCUGCGACAAGGGGAGAGAUGACCCAGUUCCACACAGACGAGUACAUCGACUUCCUCCAGAAGGUAACUCCUGACAACAUGGACGCCUAUCAAAAGGAACAGGGCAAAUACAAUGUCGGAGAUGAUUGUCCCGUAUUUGACGGCCUAUUUGAGUUCUGCGGCAUCAGCGCUGGCGGUAGCAUGGAGGGUGCUGCCCGUCUCAAUCGUCAAAAGUGCGAUAUUGCAGUCAACUGGGCCGGUGGUCUUCAUCACGCCAAGAAGAGCGAGGCCAGUGGCUUCUGCUACGUGAACGACAUUGUCCUCGGCAUUCUCGAAUUGCUGCGUUUCAAGAAGCGCGUCCUCUACAUCGAUAUCGACGUUCACCAUGGCGACGGUGUUGAAGAAGCAUUCUAUACUACCGACCGAGUCAUGACCGUUUCCUUCCACAAAUACGGCGAGUACUUCCCUGGCACUGGUGAGCUGCGCGACAUUGGUAUCGGCACCGGCAAGCACUACGCUGUCAACUUUCCUCUCCGCGAUGGUAUCGACGACACCUCUUACAAGUCAAUUUUCGAGCCAGUCAUUGAGCACGUCAUGAAAUUCUAUCAACCCGAAGCCGUUGUACUUCAGUGUGGUGGCGACAGUUUGUCCGGCGAUCGCUUGGGCUGCUUCAACCUUAGUAUGGAGGGCCACGCCAACUGUGUUGGGUACGUCAAAAGCUUCGGCUUGCCGACCUUGGUCUUGGGUGGUGGUGGAUACACCAUGCGCAACGUCGCUCGCACAUGGGCGUUUGAGACUGGUGUUCUCGUUGGCAAGCAUCUUCCCAAGACGCUUCCUUACAACGAAUACUACGAAUACUAUGCUCCCGACUUUGAACUGAACGUCCGCCCAUCGAACAUGGAGAACUCCAACAGCUUCGAGUAUCUGGAGAAGAUCAAGGCCGCUGUCAUCGACAACCUGAGACAUACCCAGCCUGCCCCCUCCGUACAGAUGCAAGAUGUGCCUCGCCAACCCUUUGGUGGCAUGACGGACGAGGAGGAAGCGGAGCUAAACGAUAUGGACGAAGACGAGAAUGCCGACGACCGAAUGACACAGCGCCGAUGGGACCAGCGCACCCGCAACGAAGCCGAGUUCGAGGACAGCGAUGACGAAGAUAUGGAUCAGGCAAACGGCAUGACGCGCCCUCGGAAUGCCAAGAAGCGCACCUUCGGUGACUACCGACAGGCUGAAGGCGAGGUCGACAGUGGAGCGCCCUCACCCGUGAAUGGUGCUCCCGAGGGUGAAGAAGCCCCCAACGCCGAGCCGAUUGUGGAUGGCGACAUUACUCUCGAGAACCCCGCCGAACCCGAAGACACAUCCGACAAGUCAGUCCCGGAGAAGGAGGCCGCUCCCGAAGCCUCGAAGGGGGAUGCCGUCGAUGAGGAUGGUGAUGUUGGCAUGGAAGAGGGAGCGGAUGUCGAGGGGGGAACAACCACAAUCAAGAAGGAGGAAGUCGAGGCAGAACCCGUCCCGGUAGCCGAGAAGGAAGAAAAGACGGAGAAGACACCUUCACGCCAGCCUUCCGCCGAUCCUGCAACUCAGCCGCCCGUCGCAGAAACGACAGAGACAACCAAAGCCACCGAGGCUGCCAAGGAACCUGUCAAGGAAACAGAGACGGCGGUGGCGAGCAAAGAGACUGAGGCUACUGAGGCUAACGAGUCCAAGCCCGAGGUCGCAGCCGAAGAACCAGCUGCUGAAGCCAAAGCAACUACCCCUGAAAAAGAAAAGGACACUACCGAGAAAGCAGAGGCCAAGGCCGCUGAGCCCGAGGUAGACAAGAUGGACGUUGACGAAAAGCCGGCCGAGGAGGAAGCCAAAAAGGAAUAG